ACCUCCCAGGCUGAGGGACCUUAGUGCUCCUGGGACUCGGACGCGCCGUGCAGAUGGGCCUUUCGGGAAGGGGCAAGAGCUGCUUGGCGGCCGGCUUGCUGAAGGACCGAUUGGCAAUCGUCACCGGCGGGGCCACGGGUAUCGGAAAAGCCAUCGCCACCGAGCUCCUGAACCUGGAGUGUAAUGUGGUCAUUGCAUCUCGUAACUUUGAUCGAUUAAAAUCGGCUGCAAAAGAACUGAAAGCCAGCCUGCCCCACACCAACCAGGCUCAGGUCACUCCCAUAAAAUGCAACAUUCGCAAAGAAGAGGAGGUGAACAGUUUGAUCAAAUCCACCUUAGAUAUUUAUGGUAAGAUCAAUUUUUUGGUCAACAAUGGAGGAGGCCAGUUCAUGUCUUCUGCAGAACACAUCAGUGCAAAGGGAUGGCAUGCUGUGAUCGAAACCAACUUGACGGGCACUUUCUACAUGUGCAAAGCAGUUUACAGCUCGUGGAUGAAAGAACAUGGAGGGUCUAUUGUCAAUAUCACUGUCCUUACUAAGAAUGGAUUCCCAGGAUUUGUGCACAGUGGAGCUGCCAGAGAAGGUGUUUAUAACCUCACCAAAACCUUAGCUGUGGAAUGGGCCAGCAGUGGAAUAAGGAUCAACUGUGUUGCCCCUGGCGUCAUUUAUUCCCCGACUGCUGUUGACAACUAUGGUCCUUUAGCAGAAGACAUUUUUGCUGCGUACUUUAAGAGAAUCCCAGCUAAGCGAAUUGGAAUUCCUGAGGAGAUCUCCCCGAUAGUCUGCUUCCUGCUGUCUCCAGCAGCUUCCUUUAUCACUGGACAGUUGGUGGAGGUGGACGGGGGCCAGUCUCUAUAUACGCGAAUAUAUGAUGUACCAGGUGAGCACUCAAGAAAGGAGCAGUCACUGACUUUAUGCCUUUUCAUGUUCAAGUUUUCAAAAUUUCUUAAGCACUUACAAAAGGGAUUAGGGAGGGGCGCCCGGGUGGCUCAGGUCACGAUCUCGCAGUUUGUGUGUUCGAGCCCCGCAUUGGGCUCUGUGCUGACAGCUCAGAGCCUGGAGCUUGCCUUGGAUUCCAUGUCUCCCUCUCUCUGCUCCUCCCCUGCUCAUGCUCUGUCUCUCUCUCUCUCUCUCUCUCAAAAAUAAAUAAACAUUAAAAAAAAUAAAAAAAAAAACCAAAAGGGAUUAGGGUUUUCUCUUAUGGAACAUCAAAAAUGUACAAAAUAUUUAUAUUCCUGAUGUGAUCUUUAAAGGAAAUGAUCCCAGUCAAAGAAAAUAUCUAAAUAUUUUUAUUAUAGCACACAACUUUAUCUAUUUAAAAAGUUGCCUGUGUGUGCAUAGGUUGGUGGAAUUUUAGUCAUGAAAACUAUUCUCUAUAUGAGUAUACAUUUAUAAGGAGGAGAGAGAAAAGGGGCAAGAGGUUGCCAUAUUUUUAAGAUUUAAUUUCUCUGUUCCUCUAAUAAGGGGCUUGUGUAUCUGAACAGAAGAAUCAGACCUGGUGGUAGGCUGGGGCUGGGGGGGGGGUGGUGGUAUGGUAUUAUUUUACAUUAUCUUUGGGAUAUAGACUCAGCAAAACCAUAUGAAUUUGCUGUAUUCAACCAUUCUUAAUAUACAAAAGCAGUAGUUUUAUACGGCUCAACCAAAUAUAGAUGUUGCACACAAAUAUAAAAUUCAGACAUAUUUGCACUGUUGCUGAAGAGUGUUGAGUAAGUGGCUACGAGCAACUACAAUGUGAUCAGUGUAAGGACACCUGAGUGGCUCAGUCGGUUAAGUAUCUGACUUCGGCUUAGGUCGUGAUCUCAUGGUUCAUGGGUUCCAGUCCCACAUUGGGCUCCAUGCUGACAGUGUGGAGCCUGCUUGGGAUUCUC